AUCUAAAUGUCUAGAAAAUCAACUUAAAUUCUGAUUAAAAGUGUAAUAUUAAAUGAAGCAAGAGGUAAAUUCAAAAAGUGUCAAAUCUGUUAGAAAGAAUUCGGAUUAUUUCAUAAGGAACACUAAUGCAAAAGGUUUGUAUAAUAAUCUGAAAUUUAAGGUGUCGAAGAGCAGUUUGUUAGAAUUGUGCAAAUCAUCAUGGACCUGUUUUAACAGAGUAAGGAUUCUCAAAAUAAACUCACAGAAUUUGUAAUACAUGUAAAGACGAAAGUGAAUCAAUAAAAAAGUUUAUCGAAUAAUGUAAGAUAGGUUUAGGAAGAGAUUCCUUAUCAAUUGAAUGGUUAAAAUAAUCAGGUCUAACAGUUGAUUUAGCUAAAAAAGUAAAAUCAUUUUAUAUUAUAGGAAUACGAAUUAGCAUAAAAAGAAAAUGAUCGAGCAAAAGAUAAAACAGAGUUCUUAAAGAUGAAAUAAGAAUUACAAAUGGUAAUGAUUGACUUCUGGAUAAAUCUUACCUAUUCAUUUAGAGAAUUCUUAUUUUAUUUAACAAAAGAUAUCGAAUCAGAUUUAUUAUAAUAAUAAAUAUGUAGAGUUUUAGGAGCUAUACUACUGUAAUAUCCAGAAAUAGGAUAUAGUUCUGAUUAAGUUUUAAUAACAACAUUUCUUUUAUGUUACUGUUCCGAAGCUUCUGCAUAUGCAAUUUUAACAAUCUUAUAUUCGGAAAUAAUUCCUUCUUAUUUGUACCCAUUAAAUAUUAGAAAGUCACCCUAUGAUUAUCAAAAUGAAAUUGAUUAAGUUCUUUAAGUCUUAGAGUAAGGGUUUAAAAUUAAAAAAUAAGAUCUUUAAAUUAUCAAACCAUUCGUUUAAACUAGAAUUCCAAGAUAUAUUUUAUCUUUAGGAAUAAAUUUAUUUUAAUUUUAAACAUCAUUCUAUUUAAUGAAUCAAAUGCUUGUUGGUCCUAAAACUGGAUAUGAUAAUUUUAUCAAAUGUUUAUCAGUUAGUUUUUAUCAAUAACUUGAAGAUAUAAAAUAUUUUAUAAAUGCAUAUGAAGAUGCUGAAGCUUAAAUUUUAAGAAAUGUUAAAUCUACUCAAUGUGAGAAGGAUUUUCUUUAGACAAAAAUGAUAACAUUUAUUCCUCACAAAAGAGUAACUUAAAGUGUUGUUAUUUAAAGAUCAAAUGAGAAAAAACCAUCAAAUUAGAUAUAACCUGAACAUAAUAGGGAUCCAAAAGUAGAAAUAUCAAUAAAAACUGAUUAAAGCAUGGCAGAGUAUGCUACUACUUAAGAUAAAAGUUUUUAAGAAUUAAGAAGAAAAUCAGUUGAAGUUAAACCCACUCCAGAAGUUGAUGAAGAGAAAACAAAUUUAAAAUAAUAUAUUGAAAAAAUUGAAGAAACAUUAAUGUUAAAACAUAAAUUAGUGACUGAACUAUAAAAUAGAAUUAAAGAAUUAUAAAAUUAACCUCCUUAAAUUAAUAAUAAUCAAAAUGUAGAUAAAUAAUUAAUAGAUGUUAAUGAAUAAUAAAGAAAAAGAAUUUAGGAAUAAGAUACAUAGAUUUCUUAAUUAGAAGAGCAAAUUAAAUAUUCAAAUAAACUUUAAGAAGAUGCUUAAGAAAUGGUUUCUACAAUAUAGAAAUCAAAUAAAGAGUUAGAAUAAUAACUUGAAACUUCUCUAAGAACAAAUAAAGAUUUAUACAUUUAGAUUAAAGAUUUGAAGAAUCAAAGUUCUUAAAUUUAACCUCCUUCACCAAUGACUCCUUAGAGAGAAAAAAAUUAUUAAAUAAAUAUUGCUUUGAUAUAAAAAAAGAAUGAGGAAUAAUUAUAAUCAAAAUUGGAUUAAGAAUAGCAAAAAAUUGUAUUAUUGGAAUAAUAGAUUAAUCAAAUGAAUAAAGAAUUAUUAGGUUUAUAAUAAUUAAAUUAAGACAAACUAAAGAUUAUUGGAAAUUUGGAAGUUAGACUUAUUGAAUUAGAUUCUACAAAAAGAGAAAAUGAAAAAUUAACUCUUGAAAUUGCAGCUUUGCUUAAAAAAAUAGAGCAUCAUGAAUUAGUUAUAAUUUAAUAACAAGAAGAUCUUGAAGAUUUGAAAGCUAAAUAUGAUUAAUUAUCUAAAUAGCAUGAAAUUUAAGGUGAAGAAUUAGAUUAAAUAAGAAUAGAAAAAAGAUAGAACUUAGAGGAAUACAACAGAAAAGAGAAUGAAUUACUUUUAAUAAUAGAAGAUUUGAAAAAUAGAUUAUUAGAAAUGACAAAAUUAUAUUAAACUGCUUCAGAUUAAUUAAAUUAAUCAUUAGAUACUAAUAAUCAAUUAUAAAAUUUAGUUUAAGAGAAAGAUGAGAAUAUUAAAAUUCUUGAAGCAGGAAUAGCUAAAGGAAUUAAAAAAAUAGCAGAAAUAGAAGCAAACCAUCAUAAACAAAAGGAAGAUGAUAGAAAGACGAUCGAAGAAUUAAGAUAAAUUAUUGAUUAAAAUAAUCAAAAAAUUAAUGAACUUGAAAAAGAUAUAGCAGAGAAAGAUAAUAAGCUUGAAGAGCAUAGAAAGGAAUUCAAAACACUUAAGGUUAUAUUUGUUAAUUUAGAAGAGAAAUGGACAAAAUUAGAUAAUGAUCAUAAAGAUUUAAAUAAAAGACAUGAAAAAUUAAUUGCUGAAUGUGAUGAAUGGAAGAAAAGAUUUAAUUAACUUGACGGAGAACAUAAAGAUUUAUAAGAGAAACAUAGAUUAAUUAUUAUAGAGUAUGAAAAAGUAAAAGAAAAUACAAACGAAAAAAUGAAUGAAUUAAAAUCAUAAAAUGAAGAUCUUCUUAGAAAACUAAAAGCCUUAGAAGAUAAACAUUAAUUACUUUAAAAUUAACAUUAAGCUGUUUUAGAUAGAUUGGAAAAAGAAACCUAAAAUCAUAUUAAGAAAGUAGGAGAAUUGGAUUUAAUAAUUAUUGGUUUGGAAAAGAAAGCCCAUGAAUAUAAAACAUUAAGUGAGAAUCAAAAAUUAGAAAUAGAUAAUCUAAAAGCAUUAAUAAAAGAAUUAGAAGGUAAAAUGGCCUAAGCUGAAAAAGAUCAAUAACAUAGACAUUAAUAAUUGAUUAUUCAAAUAACAGCACAUUUAGAGAAAGUGGCAAAAUUAGAAAAUAGAAAUAGCAAACUAGAAUUAGAUGUAGUAGAUAUGGAAAAAAGAAUUUAAGAACUAAUUUUGUAUAAUCAAGAUUAUAAAAAUGAAAUAAUCAAAUAAGAUGAAAAAAUUACAAUUUUAAUAAAAGAAGCAUAAACUAAAGAAUCUGAAAUAAUGAAAUUAAUUGAGGUUAUUGAAAAAUAAAAAUUAGAAUUAGUUGAAUAUAAUAAGAUAAUAAUUAUCUUAAAAUAAGAAAAUGAGAAAUAGAAAUUGGAUUUGAUUGAUUAUGAAAAAAUUAUUAGAGAGUUAAGAUAGAAAAUAUAAGAACUUGAACUUAUUAUUGUGGAAAAAGAAAAGAAAAUUGUGGAGCAAGAAAAGUCAAUUAAAAAGUUAUAGACAUUGCUUGUACAAUUUAAGACAUUAUCAGAAGAAAUGGCUUAAAUCAAUUGA